AGGAAGGAAGGAAGGAAGUCCUCCACCCGAGAAUCGCCACGGAGGAUAGAAGGAAGAAGGCGUACGUGGCGGAGACGUGGAGGGUGGCUCGCGUGCCAAGAAGAUGCGACUGUUCGCGUGGCCUGGCAGCGUGACUCGCGGUGGACUCAUAAACGAUGAAUUGGCGGGCAGCGAUGUUGGCUCGGCCGAGAGACGCGGCAGCAGCAGGAGAAGCAGCGGAGGAGGCAGCAGCAGCCACGGCAGCCAGCAAAUCGGUAGAUUGGACGCGCGAUCGGGCGAACACCACGGGGAAACCAUCCGCUUGGCAUGUACGUCAUCUAUCCGGCAGACGAGUUGCUGCGUAUCUAUGAGAGCCAGGAUCCCCGUGAUCCCUGCCGUCCAGUGUUGACCGGGGAUCGCCGACGUACGAGUUGUCAAGUGGCCGUGAUCGCUGUCGACGCCGAGUGCGGCAACCAGCAGCGCGCCAGAGGCCACGAGGGCAACGCGUGGACGAGGAAGGAGAGGAGACGGGAGCGCGGGCGUACGACGCGCAGGAGGAGGGCGAGCAAGGGUAUCCGCGGCGAGCAACACGUCACGACACGGACUAUGCAAAACAGCCGCGCUGCCGCCGCCGAGGAUCCCGGCAAUCCUCUCAAGGAUCUCACCCAGCCGGGGCUCAAUGAGCCGCUCAAGCAGCACAAUGCGGCCACCCUUAAGCUGGUGCAGACCGUGUCAGAAUUCGCUCAAGAGUUGGGCGCUGCGAUGGAGAGCCAUUCGGUGAACGUUCGUCGGCUGGUCGACGAAUUUCGUAGCCGAUCCGGGGAGGCCAGAGUCGAUUCGGGAGGAAUGCGCCGAGUUUGGGAAAGUUUACUGCGCCAGGUACAAUCGGAUGCAGAAGCUCACUUAGACUUGGCCGCGGUCCUCCAACAGCAGCUGUCCAGACCCACUUUGGAAGCCAGCUUUCAUCGUAAAGUCCAGUCUAAAAAGGUAUUUUCUCAUAGAGAAGCUUAUGAACAGGUGGUUUCCAAGGCCGAGGAGAAAUUGCAGCGUGCCCGAGCGGAUUACAAACGCGCUUACGCAGCGCUGCUGACGGUAGAUGGCGGAAGCGAGCAGGAGCUGAAACGCGCCUACUACGAGGCGCAUAACGCGUACAUUCUUCAAUUGAGAGCCACGAAUGCCAUCACAGAACGGUAUCAAUCGCAAUGCCUGCCCGGCCUUCUUGGCGAAAUAGCGGAAGUUUACGAGGAGUUAUGCGGAUUGGCUUGCAAAUGCAUGGUUGGCAUAUCGGAGGCUGCCGCGGAGCGGGCCAGGGAGCAGACAAAGCGUUAUCAGGCAGUUGCCAAAGAGGCUCAAGUUGUUGUGCCUAUGAACGAUUUGCAAAUCUUGGCACGAAAUCUAUCAGCAACUGCAACCCCGUCCAAGAAACCCUCGAGGCGGCUUUUCGUGGCACCUGGCCCUCCUGAACAGGUUUCUAUGGAAAGAAUCAAUCAGAUACCUUCCCUGAGGGACGAGCUAGCCCCAACAGGAACAAGCACUCUGCCCUUGAUGGAAGAUUUACGACGGGAAUACGAUAGUCUUACUCAAGAGAUCACUCGACUCCAGGACGCUUUGGAUGCGCUAAUUCGCAUGCAACGAAAGAGCGCUGAAAGCAAUCUGUACACGAAAGUGGCCGAGUUGCAAGAGGACAUCUCCAUGAAGCGUUUUGCACUCGGGGAGACGCAACUAUACCUUGCAGCUGUGCAAGCACAGAAAGAGCUGUUCGGGGCUGGAGAAGCCGGCCAACCGGAUGGGGUGAGCAGCCGGAAGAUGUCGAAUGGCUCUACCGGAAGCACCAAGCACAAAUGGUUGAAAGCAUUCAAGAGCUUGAAGACCAGCUCCCCGACGACUCCUCCAUCAGCUGACAAAGGAAAACAGGCGAUGUACCAUGCCGUUUCUACAGUCGUCGCCAUGUCCAGGAAAAGUUUGGAGUCGGAGGGUGGGCAUUCUUGGCGCGAAUACACGUAUCGAAAGAUAACUCCCUGCGAUGCCUGUGGCCAAGUGUUGCGCGGUCACAGCCGCCAAGGUGUCAGGUGUCGCGGUUGCAAGGCGAACGCUCACACCGACUGCAUCAACCUGGUGCAACCGGCCAUGUGCCCCAGCGUUGCGCCCAAAAAGAGUGGCGGAAUCCCUCUUUUACGUCGGCAAAAGACACAGGCUCAGGUGGAUGAAACCACAACUGCUGAAUACAACGUGGACGCCAUAUACCAGGUGCUGAAGCAGGCAGGCGAGAUCCGUGGAAACUCGACAAACUCACCACCUACGCCUCCCACAGCAGAUCAUCCUCCAGCACCUUCGUCAGCGAGGGCCUCCUCCCACCCUUGUUCCUCGUCCACCUCUGCGCCGCAUAGUCCACAACGUAGACGCGAGAGGCUGAAUCUAAGAAUGAAGAGUCUCAGCUUGGAUUCCCCGGAGGGUACUGCACACGUUCGACAUCGUCCACGAGAUUAUUAUGUCGGUGGCCAGAGAGAAUCAACGCCACCCAGACAUUCAGAUAGUGGAAGCAUCAAUAGAUUAUCGCCAUGCAGUCCAGGCCAGGGCCACAACGUUCAUAAACACAUCAGAGGAGCCAUCAGGAUGUCCAGUAUGGAGCUACCCGAUGAAAAUGAGAAAUCUUAUUCGUCUGCAAGCACCUCACCCUGCCCCUCACCACACACCAAUAAUCAAAAUCAUAUGAAUCCACCCGGGAAACGCGUGUUACCUCCCAACAAUCUCUAUGUGGUGCUUUAUAACUUCGAGGCGCGGCAUCGAGAUGAAUUAGACUUGAAAGCUGGUUACAAAGUGACGGUAAUCGACAAAUCGGAGAAGGAUUGGUGGAAGGGAAAGUGUUUGGGCGGCCGAGUGGGUUACUUUCCAAGCGCGUACGUCAUGCGGGUGGAGUCGGGGCAGAAAACACUUCAGGUUACCCGUAACCUGCAAUUGACCGACCAAAUUACCCUACUUCGCGAUCAGAUCGUGAUUCAGGUUGGCGAGGAGGUAGAUGGCGUAGCGAUGGUUCGCUGCGCGGCAGACGUGAGAUCAGCGGACCACACGGGCAAGGAGGGGGAGGUGUUAUACAAGGAAACUCUGUGCCCGUUGAAAUAUCUUCAGGAGGUGUGACAGCAACCCCGGCAGCCAAGCGAGCGACAGAAUCGCGCAAAUCUUCGUGAGAGAUUCUCGGCUUCGGCGCGACGUAACGCGGUUGAAAAGUACUACGAUUGCCUGCAAUGUGCCGAGCAGUGCCGCCACGUGAC